ACAAUGUUAUGUGCCAAGUUUGAUGGCUGUUAACACAGUUACCAAGCUAGUUUGUACCGCGUUAACUAUUUGAAGAACCAAGGUGCAUGUUUAUUCUAAUUGAUAUGGAAAAGUGUGAUUAUACCACGUUGUUACGGUCGUUACAAUUUCCCGAACGGUGGCUAAACGAAGGAGAUGUGAAAGUUAGUCGGUGAUGAAUAUUAACUUGCUUGUCAUUAUUAAAUAUAUAAUAUGCGUUGAAUACAAAUGCUGUUUGUAUGUAUUCCAAGUCGUACUGUUUUUUAUUCCGUUAUUAAUAAAGUGUCUGCAGAACACGUCUGUCCCAUGAUUUAUAUUACCAAAUUGUUAUAAUGUUUGUAAUACGUACUGUAAAUGUUAUGGUUCCAUUCUGGUUCUUUAAACAUGAACUGUAACUACAUCAACCAGAUCGAAAUGCGUGAUAUGAAUACACCACUUGGAAUAUUGCAAUUUACUGUAACAAUUUUGUUAUCAAGAUAUAAGUCAUCACUUUUUCCAUUGCUGGCCACAUUUUAUGCUGCAAAACAGCGAAGACAGAAAACUAAAUUAAAAUUGGAACUGAGGUGUGUUCCAGAGGAUGCAUUUUUGUGCCAUAUACUCAUGGACACGAAAUCCACAGUUUCAGGGAACGUUAAUGCAUCCAUUUUAGUCAGCUUCAAUACUUUACAAUCCCUUGGUGUCUGCAGUUGUUCAUGGUUGAAAUUGUAUAAAUUCUCAGAGAAAUCUGUGGUUUCUAAUGCAUCACAUUCGUAUCUCGUCCAUGUUAUUGCAGUAGCAGACAUUGAAGAUUCAGUAGCAGUUGUAACCAAUGUCCUUCAUUACAACAUAACCCAAGCCUUGUUACUUGUGAAUGACAUUAUACAAGUGGAAAAGUUGGAUGGACAUGAACUUUUUGUACCAAACAUGGCAACCAUGGCCAGAGUGGGUCUCUUUGAGCCAAUUUGUGACAUCAAGACAGUGCUGGAUACAGUUUUAUCAUGUUACUUCCAACAUCCACACUAUCUUCGAAAAGGUGAUGUUUUCUGCAUAGACAUAGUAAAAUGUGCACCAGCUGUAACAUACCUGAACGGUAAACUUAAGACAUUGUACUUCAAAGUUUUGGAUGUUGAAGGACCAUGUUACGGACAUACAACCCAUCAAGAUUUGAAACAUGGAUACUAUGUUGUCAAGGGAUUCACUUCUUUGGUGCAGGGUUCAAAUCAGCAAGGAUAUGUUCCUCGUAGUGAUGUUACUUUCAUGAAAGGAAAUAAUCUGACGUCACCACUCCUAAGUACGUGUCCAUUUGGCCUGGAUGAAUAUCGAGAUGAGCUGUUGGCUUGCAUACAACCUUUUGUUCUGCGCUUGAACAGCUUUCAGCUUAAACCACUGUUCCUCCUUUCUGGUCCUCGAGGUGUGGGUAAAGGAGAUGUGAUCAGGAAUGUUGCUGAGAGACUGGGCUUGAAUCUGUUCAUCGUGAAUUCAUCUGAGCUACAAGGAGGAUCUGCAGGCUAUACUGAAGGCAAAUUGAAACAUGUCUUCACUAAGGCUCGAAAGGUUGCUCCAUGUAUUAUCCUCUUAGGAAACAUAGAGGUGCUGUGCAGAGAUAAGGAUGGCACAGAGGACACUCGAGCUGUUAGCUCCUUUGUUAGUGAGGUAGAGAAACUGUUCCAGGAAACCAAGACUUUUCCUGUUAUUCUGGUGGCAACAUGCAACAGCAAGAAUGGAUGUGCAUCUGCUGUCUUCCCCACGCUGGCUCGACUGUUUCUUCAUGUGAUACACAUGCAGAGCCCAGAUGAGUUACAGAGAACAGCAAUGCUUCAGUGGAUUUCACAGAAGUGUGGUGUUAGUGUCAAUGCUGAUUUGUCUCAUGUAGCGGCUCAGACUUCAGGAUUCAUCUAUGCAGACCUGGCAGCUCUUGUGUCCCACGCAGUCAGAAAUAAUUUCAAACGUAUGAAAGUAACCUCCUGUGAUGAACAGAACUCUCCAGAUGUCGCAUUAAGCAAUGCUGAUUUUGAAGAAGCCUUAGAUAUCAUGCAUGCAGCAUACUCUGAAGCAAUUGAUGCUCCCAAAAUACCAAAGGUAUCCUGGAAUGAUGUGGGAGGAUUGUCAGACCUAAAAGAGGAGAUAAUGCAGACUAUCAUGUUGCCACUCCAGCAUCCUGGACUUCUGGCAACGGGACUAAAACGAUCAGGUAUUCUUCUUUUUGGACCCCCUGGUACUGGCAAAACGCUGCUGGCGAAGGCUGUUGCCACUGAAUGCAGCCUUAAUUUCUUGUCUGUGAAGGGGCCUGAGUUGCUAAAUAUGUAUGUGGGACAGAGUGAGGAGAAUGUCAGAGAAGUGUUCAGCAGAGCACGAGCUGCUUCACCAUGCAUUAUCUUCUUCGAUGAGCUGGACUCUCUGGCACCAAACCGGGGAAAAACUGGGGACUCAGGUGGGGUGAUGGACAGAGUCGUCUCCCAGCUGCUGGCAGAAAUGGAUGGCCUUCAGGAGACUUCACACUUAUUUGUGAUUGGUGCCACAAAUAGGCCUGACCUUAUUGACCCAGCAUUACUUAGACCUGGCAGGUUUGACAAACUCCUGUAUGUGGGGAUUUCUGAGGAUAAAGAAUCACAACUCAGUAUAAUGGUGGCCCUAACAAGAAGGUUUCAGCUGAGGAGUGAUGUCAAUCUGAAGGAUGUUGUGUCCCUCUUGCCAGACAAAGUGACUGGAGCAGACCUAUACUCCGUCUGUUCACACGCCUGGGCCAUUGCUCUGAGGACUGAGAUUCACAACUUAAUGCAUGGUGGCAGUAGUAUGCCGUCAGCAGUUGAGGUUGGAGUGGAGGACUUCAGAGAAGCAAUAAUCAAUUUAACACCAUCCAUCUCAGAAGAGGACCUUGCUUACUUCCAGAAGAUUCGGGACAAACUCUGAAUAUAAGCAUUUAAUGAUGUGAUGGGCCCAGUUGUAAGGAAGACAGUGCUGGAUUUCAGGGUCAUUUGCUUCACCCCUCAGAAAUUGGCAGAUAGAUUGAUUCAUGUUACAGAUCCAAGCUCCAAUAAAAAUUGAUGUGCCCUUAUUUUUAGGUUUUACUUGUGAGUAUUCAGUAUGAGUGGAUAUGGCCCCCCUUUGACAUGUUAUCACUUAAAGGUGUUAGUUUGUAUGUUUGCAAAUAAACAUGUCUAGACAUUC